GGUUAGUUUGGAACAGAAUCAUUUUUAACCAGGCCUAGGGCGGAACAAAAAUUCGGUAGUCUCUGCAUAAGCCACUUGUUCUAUCACCGCUUUCAUUCUUUGUCAGACUUUCCUUUCUUCUUGAUUUAUGAUUUUGCCGAGAGAUAGAUUUCUUCUCUUCUACGCGAUCUUAUCCUUUCGUCUACCCAAACAUCCUUCGACAAAACCCAGUAAGUACCAAAAUGUCGUCUUCGACGGGCCUCACAAACCUAUUUUCGACUACCGUCGAUAAUCGAUUUUUCACGACAACCAUCGAUGAGGCGCUUUCUUGUCAACCCCUCGCGGACGCAGAUGCCAUGAAAGAGAAGUUCGCACGCCUCCUCGAAAAAUGCGCUUGUGCCGCACCCGCUUGUCAGCAUCCUGACGACGUAGAUGCAGUGAAAAAAUCCCUAAGUGCCGUCUUGGAGCAUCCUCAAGCUGGUUUUUGGCGGCAUACCUGGAAAUUGAAGGGUAGUUCGAGUUCGAAGUAUACGCUGUCCGGUCAUUCUCGAUCGUUGGAAAGAACAGGGUUUGUGAUCAAUGAGUUGAACAUCUUCCUUGACGCUGGCGUGGGUUGGAAGGUGGACACGCCUAAUCCAGAGGCUAUUUUGGUUAUUAUGAAGAUCAAAGUCAAAGACAUUAGUUCUUAGGUUUAGUAGUAGAAUUGGACGGGUCACCUUCAUUGAAUUAGGCUUUCUGCAAUGAACGGCGGCUUCCAUCAUUUUUUGCUUACCAUAUCGAUAUCCCUGAUCGUCCUAAAAUUUUUUCCCCUCUAAUCCUUCUCACGGUCACAUUGAUCAUAUCAACGCGCUUCCUAUGCUCUUGCGCUGCGGUCCCGCUACGCCAUAUGUCUUCGUACCCAGACUCCACUUGAAUAAUGUUAGAGAGAUGUGCCGUAUGACAUGGUCAGUCAAAAUGCCUGACGCGUCUGAAGCCUCUGGUGUGCGCAGGGAUGUGGAAAUAGUGCCGAAUUUGGUUUUGGUUGGGGGUCAAGGGUGUCGUGGAGAAAAUAAUGCUGAAGAUGGUGUCGGGGAAGCUAGUUGGAAAUGGUUUCGGAAGAAGUCGGUUCCACCUGUGAAAGAAGCUGGCGAAGAUCAAUCACCCGAUGAUGGUGCUGGUGAAAGUCGUGUAAUCGAUGACGCUAAUCUUAUCCCCUGUGUAACAAAAGCUGUGGCCAAAGAACCUCUUGAUUCUAUGAUCCAGAAAAAUUGGGUAGCCGCUCAGCCUGGGUUACAAUAUCGCUUACCCGCUAACGGUGGUGGCGGAAACAAAAAGGGUAGCAAGGCGGGAAACACCAUCGUUCGCACUGUGCAUUGCUAUCACAAAACUGGAGAUGUUGGCUAUGUUUUGUGUGAAGCUACACAGGUUCAGAAAGGAAGCACACCAGAGAUUGAUGCAGAAUUGAUGGGUUUAAGACGUUUAGCGAAAGAAGAUCCUAAGAAACACGGUAAAAAAUGCGGACAACGGAUUCAGGAGUUGAAAAAGACUGGUGGGCUCGUUAAUGUAGAAGAGGUGAAGCCUUUUUUGGCUUAUUUGCUGGACACGACGGUGCAAGUUUUUGGAGAAGGCUGUGAAGGAUGUCUGAAAGAGAUGAAUGAUAUUAACUCCUCGAGUAGAAGUACAAGCGCGUCAUGCAUUUUUUACGCCCCAGCUUCAAAGGCUAGGCCGUUGUCAGGUGACAUUUACGAAGCUUGCUUAUGUCGAGUUCCAAAAAGUGGCUCUGGCGGUGGACCCAGUAACGGCGUUACUUUAGACUUGCUGCAUGCUCAACGAGAACUCCUUUUCAGCUGUGCCAACAUCGUGAUCGAGUGCACGUUUUUAGCGACCGGUGGCAUGACGGAAGAAGACGCUGACCGGGAAGCGGUUAAGAGGACCCACACGAGUUGGGGACAUCUGCGAAAGUAUGUUUUGGGGCAUCCAGAAUGUACGUUUGUGCUAGUGCAUUUUUCCCGAAGGUACAAAGAUGAACAAAUAAAGGAGUACUUUGUAAAGGAACAAAUGAAAUGGAAUUAUUUUACGAACGUGGUUUUGUGGUUAGAUAGUGGAAUUGUUGACUUUGCCGCUACUGCCAAUUGAUGUUUUAGUGAUUGAUUAUUUCGUCUGCCUGUUGCAGCGACUCUGGAUGAUCCACUAGUCGCUCUCAUCGAAGCAUAGAUGAUUCGUCCACAGACAGUCAUAAUAGCAUUUGUCUCUUCUAUCUCUUGUGUGCUACCUAGGCACAUUAUCGUGUGGCUGAUACUUCAACUGAGUUGCAUUCGAGACGAGUCAGAAUUUUACAUUGAAGAAAGUGUCGGAAUCUUUCUAAAGCUUUGAUGUUAAAUGCCCUGAAAUUUCGGAAGAGCCGCUUUUCGUAUCAGUGUUUGGAUGCGUCUAUGUUCUCUUUUCU